AUGUUCAAUAGAAAGUUUUUUCUUUCUUUGUGCAAUUGUUCAAGGCCAUCAAUUAGCAACGAACAAGAUAUUGUACCGUUUUAUCAUGAAAAAGUAAGUGUCUAAUUAAAUCACUUGAAUGACUUCUUAAUGUAGAAUGAUUCCCUGGUGGAUUUCCCUCUGUCAACUUACAUUCAAGAGACAGAUGAUGGGUGCAAUAAAAUAACUCCAGCUAAAUAAAACUAAUCCUACUUGAGAAUCGGCAGUAGUGAGUAUAUAAUUAAACGAAAGACUCCUAACCAAAUGUUCUAAGAGAAAAUUCGGUUGCUUGACAGCUUAAUCCCAAUCAAGGAGGAAUAAGACAUGGAGGACAGAAUGUCGACUCACAGAAAGGAUCUUGAUGAGGAAAAUUACUUGCUAGGGCAGAGUAAUCCAUCUUCAAAGUUGCUAGAGCACUGCAGGUUAUUGGAUACAAGCUCACCCGUGACUUCAACAAAUCAAAAUCUGACAGAGGAAUUAUUGAACAUUGAUAAAUAUGAUAUUCCUGAAUAGGAUUUGUACUUGAUUGAGGAUGAAGAAAUAAACGAAAAUGAAAGAAGAAUGCAUUUUGCAUUGAGCCAAUAUAAAAUAAUCUAUCUUUAUUUCAGGAGACUUUUGGAAAACUAAUUCGACUAAAACAUUAAGGAACUCUUGUCAAAUAUUGCAUAAGUUAAUGUAUCUGUGUAUUAAGAAUCGCUCUUCGUUCAUCAGAAAAAUUUAAGUGAUAGGGACAUGGAUAUCGGAUUAUUUGAAAACUAUGAAAUCCCCGAAUGGCUAAAUGGUCAAUUAGCAGAUGAAAUCAACACUGAACUCGAGGAGUAUAUUUUGGAUAUGUGGAGUAAAAAUGCUAGAGAACUAAACUAACUUAGCAUGAUGACUGACUAGCUAUUAUUAAUGAUUAGAUGUUUGGCUGAGGACAUGAUUUACGAUAAGUACUGUAUUGAGAUAGAAUAAGUGUAUAAGUAUUUGCAAUAUUACAACCCCAAUGAUGAGGAUAAUCUUUUGGGAGUGAAUUAUCAAUAGUCUGAUGAGAGGAGAUUGUUAAGUAUUAAGAAAUAGAGUGGAAGCAAUAACAAAGCUAUGCUAUCUAUAUUUACUAUUGAGGAGACUGAAGAGCAAAAUGACUCUUUCUAAAGCUAAAAUCCUACUUAUUGA